AUGUUAGACUCAUCCGAUGCAAAAGAAGACAAUCACGAGUCGCUCGGAGAUAUCAAUGUCAAUAUCCAUCUGGAUUCCAAAGAUGAUUCUGCUUCCAUCAGAAGUGGCAGCAGAUCGGUUAAUGAAGAUGACGGGAACCCUAUUAUGAUUGAUGAUCUGGCCAGUCCUCGGUCAGAGGAAAAUAUCCUGCUUUAUACCGCGCCAAUGGUUUCUCAGAGGGUAUUCAAAACUUCAAAUAGAAUCCUUGAAGACAUUCGAUUUAACUUACACUUUUUGCUCAAUAAGGAUGAUCCCAUUAGUUUAUUGAACUCCAAAACCAUCAAUUAUGCUCAUAGAUUGGCAGGAUGGAAUGGAAUUCCUCCUUAUUCAAUCCAAUGCAUUUCCAAAGAUGUAGACUACUGCCCAUACUAUCAGAAAUUCGAUGCCCCCAGUUAUGUGAUCCAUCGACUCAGAUGCUUAUUGGUCGAUCAUGAUAACAAUCCAAAAAUGAUACUGAAAAACAAGAUAUACCAUUUAAACAUAAAAAUAAAGACAAAUUUCAAGUCACAUUUAGAUAAAUAUCCCGAUCCCAAAUUGGCGUUCUUUCUUAUUGAGAAAAAGGAGCUCUUUGAAAGGGAUGUGAAGGACUUAUAUUCAAUUGAUAGUACUGAGGACUCAUCGGAAGAUUCAUCUCUUGAUGAGCAGCAAAUGAGAGCGUUGAAGCAGUCAAUACCAAAGAUUAUUGAUUCUGCCACUUACUUGUCUUUUGAUACCCAGACGUUAUUACGUGUAGAAAUUAUCGAAUCUGCAUUUGGGAAAGAUGAUCUUGAGCUCUUUGAAUUAGAUGCUAUCAAAUCGUUAAAUGCGGAUUCUGGUAAUAUAAAGUUAUCAAAGAGUACGCCAACUCAGUCAGAUUGUUUUCAUCAUCUUUUCAAGAUUUUGAAAAAACCUAUAAUUGACGACACUACGAAAAGCCAGGGUGGAUUGCUAUCUGCCAGUAAAGUCAGUUCACAUAUCUCAACCGAAUUCUUGAUAGAAAAGUUAUGUUUCCAAGAAAUUUCAAAAAAAGAAUUGAAACCGGUGAAUUAUCGUGACUUUCGAAACGGUGAUGGGAGAAAAUUGAUUAAGGAUUGGUAUUUGAGAAUGAUCACCGAAGCAAUUUAUUAUGGGACCUUGACAAGUACUGGAGGAAAAUCUCCAUUUAAAGAUCUUGGAUUCAAACCACAUAUUUCCAUUUUUUAUAAAAUCUUGAAUGAAGAAUAUUCGCAAGAAUCAAUCACUUAUGAGGUUGGUUAUGAUCUGAGCAAAAGCCAAUUAUCAUUCAAAAGUGAUGAUUUCAUUAUAUUAUCGAUAUUUUCUUUCUACAGUGUCGGAACUAUCAUCAGAAACUACAAAAUUUUAUCACAGACCGACGGACCAAAUGACCCAAUCUAUUUUCAAAGUAUCACCAACGUAUCGCGUUUGCUAACUCAUAACUAUUCGGCUAGUGAAGAAUUGCAAACUUUUUUAGCUACAGAAGUCAGUAAUGGUGUGUUAACUUUUGAUGAAAUCCAAAAAUAUUUUGAUUGUUUGGGUAUCAGGCAUCAUGAAGAAUUGAGCAAAUAUAAUUUGCUUCAAUUUUACAAGUCUCUUGAAGAUAAUACCAUCAUUGAAGCGUAUAAAUUACUGUCAAUUGGUAAAACUCUGUCACAUGGUGAACUAAGCUCAGCAUUGAAGCAUAUACAGAUAUUCAAAAAAUCUAGCCAAAUCCUCAAUUUUAUGCGCACCGAACUAAUAUCAUUGAAUGAAGCUUACAGAAUCUUGGAAAUUAGCGAUCAAGUAGAUGAUGAUACAGUUUUAAUUGCUUACAAUUUUAAAAAAGAUGAGACUUAUAAUGAAGAAUCCUUUGGUUUGCUUAAUAAAGCGUUGGUUUCCAUUGCAACUUAUAGAAGAUCUCAUACUUUGCUAAAUUUUCUGGAAGAAAAUCUACCAAUGUUUUUUGAAGCAUUGAUGCCUACCGAUGAAUCAGAAGAUAGUAUUUAUAAGUUUUUAAACCUCGAAAAAUAUGCUAGUGACUUUCAGGUUUUAACAAUUAUGGAUCAGUAUUUUGCAGGGGAAAAUGAGGCAAUCAAGCAAAACUUGUUAGGCUAUGAAAUCGACGAUCCUCAUAAUUUCACUAAUUUGGAUAAUUUCAAAAGAAUUAGAAUCUACUUGCGAUUGCUUAAUCAUUAUAGGGACUCACGGUUGAUCAGGCUAUAUUUAGAAAAAGGUAGAAUACCUCCCGAUGCUAUUCCUUUAGACCAUUGGCCUGCUGGUUUGAAUAACAUUGGUAACACUUGUUAUUUGAAUUCUUUAUUGCAAUUUUACUUUGUUAUUAAGCCAUUGAGAGACCAGGUGUUGGAGUUCCAUAAAAGCUACCCAUCUUCAUACAAUGCUGAAAUUGCUAAUAAUGCAACUUUUAAAAAUAGGCGGAUUGGUGGUAGAGAGUUGAGUUUGAAAGAAGUUGAAAGGUCGUAUCAAUUGACUUACCAAUUGAGAAAUUUGUUUAAUGAUAUGAUUUAUGCAAAGACCAGGGAUAUCAUUCCAACCAAGGAAUUGGCAUAUUUGGCAUUUAGUCCAAUGAUUCAGGAGGUAGAGUUUGAGUCCAAAAUUCUUCCAGAAAUUGAUAAUAAUGAUGAUGGUGGCAAUAAUAAUCUGGACAAUGAUAAAGAUGAUAAUAUUACAGAAUUAUAUAAUAAUGCCACCACAACUGAUAAUGAUAAUAGCGAGGAUCUUCUUGAUCUUCUUGAUAAAGAUGAUAAUGAUGAUGAUAUUGUUAUUAUGAAUAAGGCAAAAACUUCCGAAGACAAGGUUUUAUCGAGCAUUGAAACUGCGUCACUUUCAAGCCAAAGUGAUGAUACUUCAUUCAUUGAGAAUGUCAAGGAAAAAAAUGCUGCUGAUCAUAUUGAAACAGAUAAAUCUUGCCAUUCAAACGAUCAUAAUUCGGCAGCGGUUGCCAAGAUAAGUUUUGACCAAUUGGUAAAUACUUUGGAAAUAGGCAGACAACAAGAUGUCACCGAAUGUAUUGAAAAUGUUUUAUUCCAACUUGAAGCAUCUUUGGAUCCAAUUAACCUCAGCAGUGAUGGUGAACAAUACGAUUUGAUUAAGAAGAUGUUUUAUGGUAAAACCAAACAAAUCUUGACUCCUUGCAAGAAUCCAGAUAAUAAGAGAUUGAAAACUGAAAGAUUUUUGAAUUUGUUUGUCAACGUCAAUGACAAGCCAAAGGAUAUUUAUGAUGCAUUGGAUGAUUCAUUCAAGGAAGACGACAUGACUUUGGAAGGAAAUGAGCAAGUAAAGCGAUCUAUAGUGAUCACGGAAUUACCUGAUGUGUUACAUAUCCAAAUCCAAAGAGUACAAUAUGAUAUCGCCAGAGGCAUGGCCGUGAAAUCAAUCCAACCAUUACCACUACAUGAAACUAUUUACUUGGAUAGAUAUAUGGAGAAUAAUACCUUGGGUUUCUUGAGUAAAAAGCAAGAACAUGCCAAAAAUAGGGAAGAGUUGAAAUCUUUGAAAAAACAGUUGGAGUCAAUGACUAGUAAAGGCACCAAUGGUUUGACGGUGCUUGAGGCGUUAGUGACAACUAAAAAGUUCCUUGAAAGUGAUAAUAUGAACAAAAUUGGAUUUGCGGUAAAACCUACCACUAUCAUUACCCUUGAAAAGCAAAUUGAAGAGUUCAAAAAGAAAAAAGAAUUCAUCCAAUCGCGAAUUUCGGAAUUGGAUGCCAAAAUUGAUUCGCACUUUGACAUUCCAGAAUAUCAGAAGUUGGGAUACGAACUCUUUGCCCUCUUUAUCCAUCGAGGGGAGGCAAGCUAUGGUCAUUAUUGGGUUUAUAUCAAAGAUCCAGUUAGGAAUAUUUAUCGUAAAUACAAUGAUGAAACAGUUACUGAAGUUAAAUUGGAAGAGGUGUUGAAUUUCAGUGAGGGAAACACGGCAACUCCAUAUUUUGUGGUGUAUGCUAAAAAGAACUUCUUUACUGAAGGAAUCGAGCCUUUGAAGAGAAUUAUUGAUUAG